AUGGAUGAGGAGGUUAUUAAAGAGCAAGAAGAUGGCUUAAGAGGUGACAUAUUAGAUUUAAAAGCUCAGAUUGAGGAAAACGAAUUGGUUCACGGAAUUCCGUCCAAAGGAAUGGGUUCAGUUUAUGUACCAAAGGACCCGGAACACUUUAGUCGUGAACGAAAAUGUGCUUUACACAAGACUAUGCAGGUUCUUGAGCCUCAGUCUAUUUUUCUUCAGGCGGACCUCAUGGUUGAGGAAUUAGAUGCCUCGUCAAGGCGUGAGUAUACGGAGAAAUCAAUACCCAUUCUUCUGCAUCAAUUUUUUAUAGACAGGAUGCACCAAAUGGUGAUUCUUAAGCACUAUCAUCUUUUGAGGUGGAAGCGCUAUUGUUUCUCAACUUCAGCAACUGAAUCCAUAUGCUCAGAGUACCUUAAUAAAUUACAACAACUUACAAACGAAUAUCUAGAUGCCAGUUCUAGGGCACGCAGGCUCGCCUCGACUACAGAGGGGUUGUUGGCCGGUUCAGAUUGUGAUAUUGAGGAUGUAACGGUAGACGAUUACCAGGUCUACUUACGACACAUGAUCUAUCACUUACGGUCACUUUCCUAUGUUAACCAGAUCUUAAACAUGGUCAAAUGGUUUCCGUACCACUACAGAGACAAACUAAAAGAAAGUUUGAACAAAGAAAACACGGAUGCCGCAAAGAAAGAUCAUUUGUUUGAUAAACAAGUUUCACAAGAACAUAAAAUGUUGACUAGAUCCACUCCGAUUGACAAAACUGAGAUUCCUUACGAAAAUUUCAGUGACGAUAGGAGCAAACGAAAUGAUUUACGUACAAUAUCUAAUGAUGAGGAUGACAUUAUGUCUCCCACUGUACCAAAAGAUAAAGAUGAAGUAAAUAUAAACAGAACAAGUGAACUACCUGAAAAGUCAUCUGCAUACAAUAAGAAACAAGAAAUAACCGGUAAAGUCAAUACUAACACAUCAAAAGAGAAUGGAAAUGAAAAUAUAAGAGGAAAAUCAGUCAGUUUUCGACCUAACGAAGAAAAAGUGUGCAUUGCACAGAACGAGGGUGUUUCUGAAAGAUCACCACGUCACCUUUGCUUUUCUGACCAAGCACGUCAACCAUCAAGAAUGGAACACUCAAUAAUUAUGAGUCCGAAUGACCGGUUGUUAAUGAAGAGCGGCCGUUUAUUGUUGGCAGUGACAAGUGAUGUAACAAAUGAAAAAGUGUCUGUUCUACCACUCUAUUCAAGUGAUCUCGAAACAUUGCGACCACAUCUGAUAUUACUGUGUCAGACAUAUAAUAUUCAAAUGGAUAUUGAUUCAGUACGCUCAACAGCAGAUGAAAUGGAAUUAUUUGCCGUAAUCAAUCGCAAAUUUCAAUAUAUUUUCAAUCGUCAAGAAGAAAUGUACGAUUUUCGGACAUAUGACCAUACAAAAGCUAUUAGUGAGCGUUGGGGAUUGGAUAUAUGGCUACAUGCUAUGAAAAAACCUAGUAAUUGGUUGGAGUUUAUAAAAUUGAAACCGAAACGAGACGAAUGUGUAGUAAAAACUAUGAUGGGACUAAGAUGCAAUACAAGGAUAGAUGAACUCCUGUUGGCAGCCUCAAAACUUUUACAUUUUAGAUCAUCAGAACGUGUGCAAGAUGCGUUGCGUCAUCAUGUAAUGGUUAUCCAACAUCCACCAAAAAUACAAACAGCUUCAGUUGUAUCUCAUAAAGAUGGUCAAAAUACUGUUGAAAUAUUUAAGAAGAUUUAUACAAAUCCCGAGCUAUACUCGAAUUCCAUCGGAUCUAUUGAAGGUGAGAAAUCUAAAAGUGAUGAUUAUGAUUUUGCCCAAACUAUGCGACUUUUGGGAUUAGAUGAUGAUAUGAGUGGGUCAAAUGAUUCAAUUAGCGGACAAGGUGCUUUUUUGUCAUUUUUACAUCUAAGACACUUGAAAUUAAGAGAUUUAAUGCGCACAUGCAUAUCUGUUUUAAAUUAUUUUCGAUCAAUUGAACGAACGUUAACAAUUAAUGAUCAAGGUUUAUCAAUGAAUAGCAAAGGUGGAGUAGAACGCACAAGUCCACAAAAUCAUAGAGUUGGUGUAGAUGGUCAAGAUAAUCAACGUUGUGGAAAUUCAUUAAACGUUCAUGGUUAUCUUUUCAAUACACCUGAAGAAUUUAAAGUUAAAGAAUUAGAAUUUAUGCAAUUUGCUGAAAUAGAAAACCAUGAUGAUUUUUAUUAUCAUGAAGAAGGUAGAAUACAUGUGAAAGAUCAAGUUGGUUAUUGGAUUGUAUAUGAUUGUGCAUUGAAUGAUUUCAAAGAACUAGAACAUGAUUUGCUUUUAAUUGCAACAAAAUUUUUGCAAAACAAUAAACCGACUCCUAUCUCUGUUAUCGACAAACAAAAGUCCACGAUAACUGAUACUCAUAGGGAAGAUUUUGAUAUUGCUUCAUAUGCUCAUCGUGAGGUGGAUCGAUUCGGUAUAUUAUACGAUAUUUGGUCGAAUGAAACUACUUUCCAAGAAACCAAGAAAAAUCUAAUGGAUAUUUAUGUGGAAGCAUAUAAUCAUAUAAUAUCAAGAGAUAGUCGACGAAAAUUAGCACAAAUGAUGACUGAUUUAAUGUAUAAAAGACCUAGACUAGAUUUGAAUGAAAAUUACUUUGUGACAGCUUACAAAUAUGAAUGUGCUAUUUUAAGACAACGCAAAGAAAUAAUGAAAUCCAUUUUAAAUAAUCAAAUUUCGAACGAACGAGAAUAUUUGAAGAAACUCCAUGCAGAUAAAGUAGAGUAUGGUUUACCACCACCGCUGAUUGAAAAAUGUCUAAUCGCUUCGAACACAGAUGAGCCAGUAUUAUGUCCAGUAUACUUAUUAGAAUUUCACCCAUCAUUAUCAUGUACACCAAGUUUAAUUGAAUCGAUGGAUGAAAGUGUACGUACAACAAUCACUAUGUUAACACCUAAACGUCAAAUUCAACGCAUUAUAUUGGAAAAAUUAUUUUUUGAUUAUCUAAAGAAUGAAGUUGAUACAUGGAGACCAUUAGGAACAUCUUAUACAGCACAAAUUCAAAAAGAUUUAUUUUCACCUUAUUUCAUUGAAGAUGUAGUACAAAUGUCAGAAUUGUGUAAUCAAUAUAUAUUAUCUGUGCAACAACGCAAUUCACGUGGUGAUAAGAAAACACGUCAAAAUUUUUUAUUAAAUGAAUUAGGUCGUUUAUUAGAUUUGGUCACAUUGCGUCAUCGUCUACUUGAUUGUAUUUGGGAAUGUGAAAUUUUAUCCAAAUUAUAUUUAAGCGUUUCUAAUCAAAUGGGUUUUAAUUAUUUCCAUUUAUUUAUUCGACCAUCACAAUUUGAAUCAGCUAAAUACAAAGAAGGUGUUGAGGAAUUGAAACCACCGAUAUAUAUUACAUCUAUUCACGAUGAUGAUUCUUUAUUGGAUAAGUAUCUACCUUCUACCUUGCCUCUUGCUAUUCAUGAAUUAGAUGAAACACAAGUUGGGAAAUUUUCAUUUCGUGGUAAAACAACAGUUAUGGAGAUGCUUGAACCAAGGGGAAUAGAAAAUUUGCUCACUAUAUUGCAAGUACAAACUGUUCAUAAAAAUGGCUUGAUUGCAGCCAUUUUAUUAGCAUUCAAUGGAUGUCCUGCAUUUUAUACUUCGCAUGCACCUAAAGUCAAAAAUGGUCUUAUUCGUACUGUUGAUACUGGAAAUAACUCAAUAAAUAACAACAAAGUCAGUGACACACGAAUUGUUCCAAAUCCGUUAACUGUUGAACGGUCAACUCACCAACUGAAUGCACAGUACUAUCCAGAAGCAUUUUUCUCAAUUCAACUGGAAAAAGGGCCAAGUCGAGAUAGAGUAUGCAAUGCAUUCAUCAAAAAGACACAAGGUGGUGGAGUCACUGCAUCUAAAAGUACUGCGGAAAGUGAAAAAAUGAAACGUGAAUUUAUUACACAAUUUUGUCACGAUUACUGCGAACGUGUACAACAUGCAUCUCUUAGAGCACAAAUUAUUGAAACUUAUAGUUCAAUAUUAAUCACUCUCGAAAAAGUACCUGUUGUACGGGAAGAAUUUUUUAUAAUCGGUUAUGCUUUUGAAAAGAAAUCAUCUGAAGAAGAUUUGGGUAAACAAGAAAUUGACUUCAAAUCAUUACUUAAUCGUCCUCGUCGUGUAUUAUCUUCAGAUGGAACUGAAUUUUAUAAUUUAUGGUUUAUACCACAUUUUAUUGAAGUUUUAUUCGUAUUUCGUCACUUGAAUGAUGAAGCUUGUACUCAAGCAUUGCGUUUAAUGGCCAAGAUAGCUCGUGCUUUACACGAUAUUUUACAUUAUCUAGUUGCAUAUGCUAGAUUAGGCAUUAAUUCCUCCAGGAUAACUGCUGAACAAAAACAUCAAAUAUCCUCAACUUUUGAUAAAAAUCAAAUAAAAUCAACAAUUGGAAAAUCAGUUAAUUCUUCAAAACAAACAACUACAAAUGUCACAUCAGCUGGUUCAAAUAGAAGUAGGUCAUCGAUAUCGUCAACACUAGCCGACCCUACUACACCAUUGGAUUCCAACAUACAAGAGCACAGUCUAGCUGUCGAUCAGUUAAUAGCCACAGAAUUAAGAGAAAUUCAAUACCAAAUAAAUUGCCUACCGAAUUCAACAGAUCCAGAACAAAUCAUUCAACUUUUAACCCUUAGACGUGAGACAAUGUUUUUGAAAUUUGAUCUUUGCAUACGUAACAUAUUAGGUGAAACAUUUUUGGCAGCUGGUAAUGAAGAUGCUUAUAACGAAUUGACGGAAAAUAGUCGUUUUCCAUUAUUUGAAUUAUCUAAUUCUCCACGUCCAUGUGUAAAUGCAAUUGAAUUAAGUAUACCAGAACCAUUGGAGCCUCAAGACGAUAAAGCUCAAGAAAUACUCCCAUGGCGUACGAUGAUAAAUUAUUACGGUCCAUAUUUACAGCUUAAUUCAAGUUGGAAACAAAUAGAACAUAAUAUACGUUUAUGUUUAGCUGGAUUAAAACCAGUUGACCGUCCGACUGUACACGGUGAACUGUUAGCUAUGAACUUAACAUUGGAUGAUAUCGUUGAAACUGGUGAUUUAGUAGAGGCUUGUGCAGGUGACAGACUGGCAAUUCAAGAGGCUGAUAAUAUGCACCUUACACUUGGCAAACGUACGAAAGACAAGAAACGUGAGGGAACAUCUGAAGCUGAAGAACUAGUUGUUAGACAAACUACAAAUACUCAGAUCCAAGAUUUUGAUCGUAAUACAGUUAAAGAUUCAGAAAUGAUUAAAUUGAGUAUAUUGAAUACACCAAUUGCAGCAUAUGAAUUAAUUAAAAAAUACUUAAUUUUACGGAAACGUAUUGAAUCAUUAAAAUAUGCAUGGGGAACACGUCGGCUUGGCAUUGAACGGAUUAAUACAUCAAAAACAUUUAAAAUGUUCUGUUCACUUUAUAAAAAUGAACAAUUAUAUUCUUUAAUAAGAAAUUUAUCACUUCAAUUCAACCAACCUGAUAUAUAUACACUUGCUUCAUUGAAUGAUACUAACAUAUUUGUAAUACCUAAGAAUAUUCCAGAAAUAAUUGUUAGACAACGUCAAUUACUUAAACUAAUUGAAGCAUUUGAAUUGUUCAUGAUAUCAGAUUUACGAAAAUUAAUUGUAAGACAAACUGAUUUAGUAAUUAAAGAACGUAAUCGUGAAGAAGGUAAUUUACCAUUAGAUUUAUGGAAACGACCAGCAAUGAAAGAAACUUUAUCUGUGAAGAGGCCAGCGUUAGCUGAAGAAUUCCUCAAUCAAUUGAUUUCACAUUCAAUACAUAAUGAAGAAUCUGAUAUUUAUACAAUCACAAAAGAGAAUUUUAAUUUAAUAGUACAAAAUGUAGCUAUUUCAGUGAUGUAUAACGAGAAGGAAACAUUUGAACAUUAUUCAAUGUAUUAUGAAAAUUUGUUGAAAAACCAACAUCAUUUAAUGUAUGCCAAUGAACGUGAAAUACAAGAUCUUAGAGAUAAACUACAUCAAAAAGAUCUGGAAACUGGUACAACAGUACAAUUUCAAAUGUCUGAACAAGUAUAUGACUUGUUGUUAGAAGUUACAGCAUUGCGAGCUAGAAUACUUGAAUUAGAAGCGAAACACAAGGAAACGGAAGCUCAAGUACAAAAACGUGUUAGAAAGGAACUUAAUGAUUCAAUUCGUAAACUAUUUGGUAUUAGUUUCGAACAAAAAUCCCGUAUUGACGAAUAUCGUAAUCAGUUAAAAGCAAUCACUUUACAACGUAUUGCUGAGAUAAAAGAAGAAGCUUCUACAGAAAUGUUACGCAUAAAAGAACGAACCGCUGUUGGAACUUCUGCAGAAGAUGAAUUAGCUAAACACAAUUACCAUUUAUCUAAAGAAAUUAUCACUUUACAUCAGUAUAAUAUUAGUCUUCAACAAAUGAUGAAUCGUCUAAAAGUUAUGUCACAAUGGCAACAAACCACAUUAAAGUGUACAUUUGAAAAACAGCUUGGUAUAGUUGAAAAUCAACGAAAUCAAAAUAAAACAAGUACUACAAGAAUGAACAUGUUAUCUGAACAACAUAUACGUUUGCUAAAUGAAGAAAUUACUAAUAUGCGAGAACAUUUAGCAAAUACACAAAAACAUUUGAAUGAUCUACGUAUUGCAUUAGAUAAAGAAAAGAAAGAUAAAAUUGACAGGAAACAUGCAGCUGAACGAAAAGCUGCCACUGAUAAACAAAUGGCUAUAGUGAAACAAAUGCAUAUUGAUCAGCUAAUAACAGAAAUAACAGAGAAAGAUAAUGAGCUUAAUGAAAUGAAUACAAUUUUAAGCGUAAGCGCAAAAUCAAGAAAACAAGAAGCUGAUAAAUCAAUAAGACAAGUUGAUUUAUUACGUAAACAAUUAAAAGAAGAAAAACGUUUGAAACAAUCUGCUUUACAAAAAAUUGAUGAUAUAAUGUCCCAAUUAUAUCAAUUUGAAUCAGUUCAAACAGCAUCCUCAGAAAUAAAACAAAAACAUGCAUCAGCUAAUCUGUUAGAUAGAGCAGAUAAAAGACAGUCAACUGGGAUCAGAACAAAAGUUCAAGGUGAUCAGGUUCAAAAGACAAGACCGGUUACAGUUAGUAUUCCAUCAUUACGUGAACGUUUAGCUGAGAAAUUAUUAAAAAGUAUACCACCUGAUGCACAUAUACAAUUGGUUCAAUUCCAAAAAGAGGAAAAAGCUUUUAAUGACUAAUUUCUUUGAUGAAUGAUAAUAGACGAAAACAUUGAGAUGAAUUUAAAUAUAUAUUAUCAGUGAAAUAACUUUAUAUUAUUUACUAUGCUUUAUAAGGAUGUCCAUUAGAAAUAACUAAAAUAAACAAUUCUUCAAAUGUACAUCGCAUGUCAUGAAAAUAUAUCCUAAAUAAUGCUUGCUAUUCGUUUUGUUUUUCCACGUAUUUCCAAGUCGAUUUACAUAAUAUGUCGACCGUUUCUAUACGACGCUGUUGAGAUCAUGAACCAAACUAAGUUGAAAAAAACAUACUGGAAACUAGAAAACACUAAAUAGCUGUCUCGUCCUAAUGUGGGAAUCUUCAACAGUGUGCAUCAAACCCCCCAUCAGGGGUCGAAUUAAGUAAUGUAGAACCUAUUACGUAUGUACAUCGGUUCAAGUCGCCCUACUCCAUUAGCACAGAGAGAUGAAGUUGUCAAGCUGAAUCCCAGAAUAGUAGAAGCAUUAACAGUAUCAGUGGUAACAGGAAAGAUUCGGCAUCUAUGAUACGACUCUAAAAGAAAAUAUAAGAUAGUGAAAUAAAAACACACAAAGUUAUAAAGAAUUCAAGAACUCAGAAUUUGGGGAAAGACUAAUGAUGAGUACACCUGCGCUAUCGCAAACGAUUUUAAGCCAUGUCAUUCUAAGUUUCUGACCAUUGGUUAUGAAAACCGCGCGGACCCUAAAUGGAUAGUAUGAACCCACCUACAAGGCUCAAUCUAAUUGGUAGUGACUUCAAAGACUGAUGUGAUGUCUCAAUAAGGCCGCCAUUAGCCGUCCUCCACCUUACUCUUACACCCAAUUACAUUGCCCGUCGAGAUAGGCAAUGGAUAGGUAUACGUAAUACAUGUCCCAACCACCUCAGUUGAUGAAGAUUUACUACCCAAUCAGUCGAUUUGCCAUCCUUACUUAAUACCAUAUUCCUAACAGAGGCAUUGCUUACUCAGUGCUCCCAAAAUACACGUGCAGUCUUACUAACCACAUUUCACAUCCAUAUAGUAGAAUAGAGCAAACUGUUGCACAGUAAAAACGUCCUUUAUUUGACAGACGGAUAUCUCUACUGCGCCACAAAUUGGCAAAAGCCAAAAGCGUACAUGUUUAGCUUCAUUGAAUUCGUAGUACUGUCCAAUCACUUCCCCUCGCCUUCGGUGGCCAACUGCCUCACACUCAAUACGGUUGAACUCCAGUUAAUACGGCUUCUAGCUAAAACUGCGCACAUUUCCUCGCGCAGUUAGCUCAUUUACUAGUAUCAACUGAAUAUAACGGGUAAAGUAAUAACAGCAUGCGUAUAAGAAAGCAUAUGAGUUUAUU